AUAGCUGUGUUCUGGGCUCAAAUGUGCUGGGACUGCGGAGGCCCCGCUCCGAGGUCCUUUAAGGGAGGCCACGCCCCCUCGCCUCCUGGUCCGCCCCAUCCGCCGCCAUGAUCUGCCUGGUGCUAACCAUCUUUGCCAACCUCUUUCCCGCAGCCUACAGCGGCGUGAAUGAGCGCACGUUCUUGGCAGUGAAGCCCGACGGCGUGCAGCGACGGCUGGUGGGUGAGAUCGUGCGUCGCUUUGAGAGGAAGGGCUUCAAGCUAGUGGCACUAAAGCUAGUGAAGGCCUCCGAAGAGCUGCUGCGGGAGCACUAUGCCGAGCUGCACGAGAGACCCUUCUACAGCCGAUUAGUUAAAUACAUGAGCUCUGGUCCGGUAGUGGCCAUGGUGUGGCAAGGGCUGGACGUCGUACGUGUUUCACGGGCCCUGAUAGGGGCCACUGACCCAGGGGACGCUAUGCCUGGCACCAUCCGUGGGGAUUUCUGCGUGGAGGUUGGCAAGAAUGUGAUUCAUGGCAGUGACUCGGUGGAAAGUGCUCACAGAGAGAUUGCACUUUGGUUUCGUGAGGAUGAGCUUCUGUGCUGGGAGGACAGCGCAGGGCAUUGGAUAUAUGAGUAGAUGGCACGGAAGUCAGCAUUACCAACCUGGAGGUUGUUGGUCUUCUGCAAUCCUCACAGGGCUCAGCAGCGGUGAUAGCGCUGUGGGUGCAGGCACAGGUCCACCCAGCCCAACCUGCCCAGGACUGAUAUUCCCACAUCCCUCCCUGUAUUUCUUUUCAUAAUAAACUGCAGAAAACCCUUG